AUGUACCUGCGCGGCUGCCCGCCGACCGUCCUCCUUAUCGCCUCGGUAUUGCUGGCGGCGGUGACGGCUUAUCUCAACGAUACCUCUGCGGCCUUGGUACAAGAUCCCUUCUACCAACUUACCGACGGAUGCCCUCCAUGUCCGCGUUGCUUCGACUGUCACUAUGACGAGUUCAAGUGCCUGCAGUUUGCAAACUGCAGCAGUCUUAACGGAAAAUGUGUUUGUCCUCCCGGGUUUGGGGGUGACGACUGCGCCGACCCGCUGUGCGGGUCACUCGCAGAUGGCAAGAACAGAUCCCCGCGGAAAGGCGAUAGAUGUGAUUGCAAAGAUGGGUGGGAAGGAGUGAACUGCAAUGUCUGUACCUCUGACAAUGCAUGUAAUGCUAUGAUGCCCUUAGGUGAGGGCGGGCGCUGCUACAAAGAUGGACUGGUUGUCCAUGAAAUGUACCAGGUCUGCAACGUCACAAACAAAGCGAUCUUGGAUCAGAUUGAUCCCAGGAUUCCCGAGGUCACAUUUUCAUGCAACGCUGAUCAGGCGACCUGCAAUUUCCAGUUCUGGGUGGAUCAGAAAGAGUCAUUCUAUUGCGCCUUGGACAAUUGCACGUGGGAGGCUAAAGCCACCACUGCCCGCAACUCUACCAAAUACACCUGCGAAAACAUAAGGUGCUCUUGUAUAGAGGAUCGAUUUUUGUGUGGUGAGGAUGGCUCCGUCAACAUCGAUGAGUUUCUGGCAGAGGAGAUUAAAGGACCCGCGUCCUUCUACACACAACACACCUAUGGUGGAAGCUCUAAAGAUGGCAGCAGAUUUGAAGAACCGGCUAUGAACAAUCUGAUCUCAAUGAUAUUUGGCGAUGAGUACAUAUCUCUCCAAUGCCGAGGGGGAGAAUGUCUGUACGAGACCGAAGUGCCAGGAUAUACGCGCCCCGUCAAAGAGAUCAACACUCCUCUUAUCGCAGGAGUCAUUGCAGGAUGCGCUCUUUUCGUUGUCGCGCUCACGCUCAUUAUCUGGUACCUAUCACGGAGAGCUGCCUACAAGAGAUGGGGCGCCAUCCGAUUGGGUGAUGGCAGUGAGGAUGAUGCAGCAAAAUCCAUGGUGAACCACACCCCGAUGGCUUUGCAAUUUGAGAAUGUCUCAUAUGACCUCAAAGGCAAAGAGAUUCUGUCAGGUAUUUCAGGUAUCGCCUAUCCCGGACAAAUCACAGCGAUAAUGGGAGCUUCUGGUGCUGGCAAAUCCACGUUUCUUGACAUACUGGCUCGCAAGAAUAAGCGCGGGACCACGUCAGGCAAUAUGUACGUGAAUGGUGAAAAGAUACCGGACGCGGAAUAUCGAAACGUCAUUGGAUAUGUUGACCAAGAAGACACUUUGCUCCCAACCCUGACGGUGCAUGAGACCAUCCUCACUAGUGCUCUACUGAGGCUUCCGGCCGACAUGGGUCUUCCCGUUAAGGAGCAAAGAGUCAUAGAAGUGAUGCAGCAGCUUGGAAUUUAUCAUAUCAAGGAUCAGAUGAUUGGAUCCGAAGAAGGCAAUGGUCGAGGGAUUUCUGGCGGCGAGAAGCGACGUGUCGGCAUUGCUUGCGAACUCGUGACCAGUCCGAGCAUAUUGUUCCUGGAUGAGCCAACCAGUGGGCUCGACGCAUUUAAUGCGUUCAACGUGGUGGAGUGUCUGGUUACCCUAGCAAAGACGUACAACAGAACUGUCAUUUUCACCAUCCAUCAGCCUCGAUCGAACAUUGUUGCACUUUUCGACCAGCUCAUCCUCCUUGCCAAAGGCAGAACUGUCUACUCAGGGCCGUUUUCAAGUUGCCAAGCAUACUUUGACCACAUUGGGUACUCGUGUCCCCCUGGGUUCAACAUCGCAGAUUACUUGGUCGAUCUCACCAUGCACGCCAGCCUUCCACGAUCUCCUGUUUUCGACGACGUUGCAAGAGAGUUCCCAGAACGCGACGGAUUAGGCACGGAAUCAAGCAGUACGAGAGCUGUCAAAUCUAUUGCAAGUGCGUCCAACGUCAGCGUCGAAACUCCCAGUGACCCGUCCAUUCGCACGAAACCCAAACGGCGCAUCUCGUUGAAACAAAAGCAGGACCGGCAGCUCUUUACCCGUAAGAGGAGCGAAAGUGAUACCCCUCCCACGCCCAGAACGGACGAUGAAGAUAACAUUAUCGCCAAAGCGACAGGAAGUGCGCGGAGCUGGCUGCAGCUGGCCAAACGUGAUGGUUCAAAUCCUCCGCCACUGUUGGAGGAUCCGGACGAUUUACCUCCCGACGCGAACUCAGAUCUGGACAACCUGGUUUCCAGCUUCAAAACCUCUGAUGUGGCACAAACCAUUCACGACGAAAUUUCCGCCUCCAUUCAGGCAGCGUCGUCAGCGAACGGCCACGGCGUAGAAGAUGGUAGCACGACCGAAGCGCACAUUGGCACCAUCAAAAGCUUCCGACGGGUCAGCUUGCCGCGACAAUUCCUGAUCCUCUCCCUACGAACCUGGCGGAAUCUUUACCGCAACCCUAUUCUUAUGCUGACACAUUAUGCCGUUGCCAUUCUGUUGGCAGUGCUCUCCGGAUGGCUGUUUUACGGGGUAACGGACGACAUUGGUGGAUUCCAAAACAGACUCGGUCUCUUCUUCUUCUUACUCGCACUCUUCGGGUUUAGUACUUUGACCAGCUUGAACACCUUCAGCGCCGAGCGACUCAUAUUCGUGCGAGAGCGAGCAAAUGGCUACUAUGCGCCAAUCACGUAUUUCGCCUCUAAGGUGAUGUUUGACAUCGUCCCACUACGGCUGAUCCCGCCCAUCAUCAUGGGAAUCAUAAUCUAUCCGAUGGUGGGCUUGUUGCCACAAUGGGGCACCUUUUUCACGUUUAUCUUGAUAUUGGUCUUGUUCAAUCUUGCCGCCGCGGCCAUUUGUUUGACCAUCGGAAUUGUCUUUAGAGAUGGGGCGGUAGCCAACUUGAUUGGCAGCUUGGUGAUGCUCUUCAGCUUGUUGUUUGCAGGCCUCUUGCUUAAUUUGAACCAUGAUGCUACGCAGAUGGCUGCCCAGUGGCUGCAGAAGUUGUCGAUCUUCCACUAUGGCUACGAGGCGCUGAUUGUCAACGAGGUGGCAAAGUUGCGUUUGAAGGAUCACCGCUAUGGACUCGAUAUCGAGGUGCCAGGAGCAAGCAUUCUCAGUGCAUUUGGAUUCGACAACUUGGCCUUAUGGAAGGAUGUGAUUUCGCUGGGGAUAUUCGGAGCUGUCUUUAUCGUCAUUGCAUACGGGGCUAUGCAUUUCCUGCUUGUUGAAAAGAGAUAG